AUGCUGUUGUUUGACCACACAGGAAGCCUAGCUGCACUGGUUUAUCAGCACUCCAUCACCCCCUUGGCUUUACCCUGUAAACUCCUUCUGCCAGAGACAGAUACUGUAGACUUUGGAAUGCCCGAAUCUCCCAAGAUCAAUGAAGUACCCAGUUCAGCUGCCGCCCUGCUGGCCCAAGGUGCUGCCUGUAACGUCUUGUUCAUCAACUCAGUGGACACAGAAUCUCUGACUGGGCCCCAGGCUGUGGCUAAGGCCAUCAAAGUCACCUUUGACAACUUCAAUGACCCUAACCUGAAAACCACAGUUGUUCAUUUUAAAGUCUCCUCACAGGGCAUUACGCUGACAGACAGCAACAGAAAAUUGUUUUUCCGUCGCCAUUACCCUGUUGCCGCAGUAACUUACUGUGGAGUUGAUCCAGAAGAUCGAAGGUGA